AUGGAGGCUUGUGUUCAUUGCAAUGUCAUCGAUUCAGCUCUGAGGAUAUUCCAUGAGAUGAAAAACCCCAAGGGUUGUGGUGUGGAUACUGUCACAUAUGCUACGCUCUUGAAGAAAGCUGCAUAUUGGUUCCCAAUCAUAUGGAUUAUUCUGGAAACAAAAAAAAAAUUGGGAACAUUUAUAGAGUUCCAUAUUGGGAUGCAAAUGUGGCCAGACCUUAUUGAUAAGUCAAAACGUGGAGGCUUAAACCUGAUCCAAACUUAUGUGUUUUGGAAUGUUCAUGAGCCUGAGAAAGGCAAGUUCCAAUUCGACGGCAGGUAUGAUUUGGUGAAGUUCAUUAAGCUCUGUCAUGAGAAAGGAAUGUAUGUGACCCUCAGGGUUGGACCUUUCAUCCAAGCUGAAUGGAAUCAUGGUGGACUUCCAUAUUGGCUAAGAGAGGUCCCUGACAUCAUAUUCCGUUCAAACAAUGAACCCUUCAAGAGGCACAUGAAAGAAUACUUAUCAACUAUUAUAGACAAGAUGAAAGAAGAGAAACUCUUUGCUUCCCAAGGAGGCCCCAUCAUCUUGGCACAGAUUAAUGCAUGCAAUGGAAGGCACUGUGGUGAUACCUUCACAGGACCAAACAAACCAUAUAAGCCUUCCAUUUGGACUGAAAACUGGACUGCUCAGUACAGAGUAUUUGGAGAUCCACCAUCACAAAGAUCUGCAGAAGACAUUGCCUUCUUAGUUGCCCGUUUCUUCUCUAAGCAUGGUUCUUUGGUCAACUACUAUACGGAUGUCCCUCCAGCAAUUCUUAGAUUCUUAUGGGAGCACUGGUCAGAAUGGGCAGAUAGCAAUAUUGAUGAAAAAUUGGGAUUUGUUACUGGGUUGAAGUUACCAAAACCUGCACCAACUACAAAGAAGUGGAACCCAUGA